GCGAUAGUUUCUCCUUUCCACCACUCUGCUCGUUUCUUGGGCCUUCUUCCCGGCCAGACGGUCCAGAUCAGGCCACGUUGCGCACCCAUAGCUAAAUCCAGGUUCUCCGGUCUUCACCGUCGCCGAAUCAGCCGCUUCCCGCAUCUGUCGAUCUCCCCUGCUCCCACCCUCCCCCUUCCCGUCGGGCCGUAGCCACCGCACCGUCCCCCGAUGGCCGCCUCCGCCGCCGGCGCCGGCAAGUCACUGAUCCAGACAUUCCGCAAAUUCUUCAAGAAGCCGUGGGAGAUCACCGGCCCGUGCUCCUCGCCCGAGUACCGCAGCGCGCUCCCGGGUGCGCUCGAGUACCGUCAAACCUGCCCGGCCACCCUUCGCGAGAACGACCCCAAGGCCGUCAUCCCCACCUCCGACCCGGAGACCGUGUUCGACAUCAAGUACUACCCGCGCGACUGCCGCCGCAACCGCCCGCCCGUCCGCCGCACCCUCCUCCGCAAGCCCGACCUCGAGCGCUACAUGGCCGCCAAGCAGUUCGACCCCGCCAAGGACUUCCCUGUCCCCUACGUCAUGUCUGCCGUCGAGGAGGACUACAACGCCGUCGGCGGCGGCUACACCAAGUGAUCCAGGUUUUGUGGGCACCCUGCAGCAGAAGCUGCACUAGCUUCAUUUCCGCUCUUCCUUGGAAGUCUCUUUCUCUUUUGUUUCGGAGAAAAUUGUCUGGUUGUAAAAGAUGAUGUUGGCAAUAAUGUGGCACUUGUGGAGUAAACCGGAUGCACCUACCUUGUAAGUUGUGUUCCAGAAGUCAACCAGCCUAAUGCUGAUCUUUGAUUUAAUGAAAUUUAUGAAAAACUCAAAUCUAUUGCUGGAA